CUGGGUCACGUGGUCUCAUCCUUCCAUCGUCCCUGCCACUCUAUGGCCGUGGAGGCCAAGUUUAGUGAAGCUGCGCUCGCCUUCGCCUUGGACCCUGGAGCCCUCUCGGGCCUGAGAAAAAGAGAGAAAGAGAGGAGUAAAGGGCCCUGCGUGUGACGUGUUGAAGUAUCCCCCCCACCCCCUUCACUGCCAGAUGGAGGUCAGCCACUCAGUGAAGGAGCGCACUAUUGCUGAGAAUAGCCUGGUCAUCCUUCUGCAGGGUCUCCGGGGCCAGGUGACCACAGUGGACCUACGGGAUGAGACUGUGGCCCAAGGCCGAGUGGACAACGUGGAUGCUUUUAUGAACAUCCGCCUAUCUGAGGUCACCUACACAGACCGGCACGGCCAGCAGGUCCAGCUCGAUGACCUCUUUGUAACUGGUCGCAAUGUCCGCUACGUCCACAUUCCUGAUAACGUAGACAUCACUGCCACGAUCGAACAGCAACUUCAGGCCAUCCAUCGGGUUCGAAACUUUGGCAGUGAGGGUAAGGGCCGGAGGGAAUUUCCUACCAGGAAGUUCAAGUGAAAGACAUUCACCCUUCACCUCGAUUCCUUCAGAGCCCUUUUUCUGACAGCUAUGGAUGGGCGCUGCUGACAGCCAGCUCUCCCCCAUCAGGACUCAAGACCUCAAGGAGGAUGAGCUUACUCUGAAGCCACAUUUGCCUUUUACAAGCCCAGGGUUUGACCUGGGUACCCAAAAUCUGAUAAAUCCGUAAUCUUAGAUUAGUUGAAGAACAUCCCCUAUGUUCCCUAGCCAUUCAUUGGGACUUAACUACCUGAUCAGUUGAACACGCAGAGCUGCCAGGUUCUGUAUUAAAGGGUUAAUCUCAGCCAUUUUUUAAUGAAUACUUACCUAAAAUGCA